GGAAAUGUCUGUUUACCAUGUUUACGUCGGCGCUAGCAGGUAUCUGGGAAUAUGGGGACCGUUAUAUACUGGACAGGACUCUUGUCACCAGGAUUGUGUUUUUGUAGCAAGUCCCCAAAUCCAAGAUGCUCUCCUCAGCGCUCCUCACUCUCGCAGUGGCUAAUGCCGCCAAUGCCGCGUACUCAUUCGAUCCAUUGAAUCAUUUGGCUGGUAUUGCUCCUUACUUUGAGGACCCUCAAUCCGACCCGGCUCCGCCUCAAGGUUGCAAUGUCACUCGCGCAGCCUAUCUUGUUCGCCAUGCUGCCAUCUACGCGAACGAUUUCGACUACGAGGAGUACAUCGAGCCUUUCACAGACAGACUGGAGAACACAUCCGUGAACUGGAAGUCGGCAGGUGCUCUGUCUUUCCUGCAGAAAUGGGAGACACCAAUCUCAGACGAGGAGCUGGAGGACCUUACGACUGUUGGCCGUCUUGAGUCAUACAAACUGGGUACUGAGGUUCAUCUCCGCUACCCGAAGUUCAAGAGUCCCAAAAAAGUCUGGACAUCGACUGCUGAGCGCACAGAGCUCAGUACCAAGUCCUUCAUUGACGGCUUGGUCAUGCAGAGCAAUGAGACUGAGCAAGUCAGCAUAUCCGAGGAUGCAUCCGAGGGCGCCGACUCAUUGACACCUUACAAGGGCUGUCCCAAGUACAGCUCCUCGUUCGGCAGCAAGCAAUCUAGCCAGUUCCAGGACGUUUACACAGCACCCAUCAUCGAACGUUUCCGUGAUCUCGCCCCUGGCUUCAACUGGACAGCCAACGACAUCACCGCGAUGCAGCAGCUAUGCGGCUACGAGACCGUUAUCCGCGGCUCCUCCCCCUUCUGCUCGCUUGAACUCUUCAGCGCCGACGAGUGGCUGCAAUUCGAGUAUAUGAACGACAUCCAGUACUUCUACAACACCGGUUACGGCAAUGAGAUCUCCGGCACCCUCGGCUUCCCCUGGCUCAACGCCACCGCCCAGCAGCUCCUGGCCGGCAACUCCACCCAAGACCUCUACGUCUCGUUCACACACCGCGAACUCCCGCCCACCGUCGCCGUCGCGCUUGGCAUCUUCAACAACACCGAACUCGCUGGCGCCGCGAACGUCAACGAGACGAUGCCGCUCACAAAGCAGAACUACCACCGCGCAUGGAAGUCGUCGCGCAUCCUGCCAUUCCUGACGAAUAUCGCGAUUGAGCGCAUGGAGUGCGAGAGCUACGGUUUCCCUGCUGGAACCUAUGUGCGUGUUCUUGUCAACCAGGAUCCGCAGCAGCUUGAGUGCGCUGUUGGGCCUGGUGACAGCUGCUCUGAGGGCUCGUUUGCCGAGUUUGUGCAGCAGAGGGGUGAGAUGUUUGGUAGCUACACUGAGAAGUGUGCGCCGACCGAGUAUAAUAACUCGACUGAUGUUUUGACGAUUUACAACUAGACUAGCUAGUUAGUGUGAUACCCUAUUAAUGAUUAAUUAUAUCUCAUCAUUACAUCAACCAUUCU